AUGAGUACAUAUGGUGUUCCUACUGAAAUUGACGACGAAAAAGUUUGUUCUUUUGAUCUUUCUGUAUCAGAAGAUUUUUUCACGCUUAAGUACAAAAGGAAUAUUCCAUUCAUCAAUACAUCCAAAAUAUUACAGUAUAUUAGAUUAGAAACACAUUAUCUCGAUGAAAAAGUUCGCUUUGAUGGACCAUCGGGAAGAAUAAUAAAUUCAACGCAAAACUCUGUUACGAUACAGUAUUACAUGCCAACUACAUCGAAAUAUAGUGGUAUUCUUAAAUGUGGCAAAAAUUUUGCAAAUCAGCAAAAAUUUAGAACCGAAAUUCACAAUUUUACAAUAGACGAUGAGUACAGUCGCCUCAGCUGCCAUCAUGAAGAUGACUAUCCUAUGCGAUGGUGUCAUGCCCACAACAUUGUUUACGAUAAAUCCCAAUUUCGAUUCUUAUCUCCGGCCAAAUUUACAUUCCCUUCACCUUUCCUAAUUCCAGGAGCUCGAGCUGGCCCAUUUGAUGUAGAAACAGACCGAUUAGAAACAGAACCAGUCACAUUAUUGUAUACAGCGCAGAAUUAUCCAGAAAAAUUGAUUGUUGAUACAAAACCGAACUAUUUAUACGGCGGAUUUUACAAUUAUCAGCAACUUUGGCAUGCAACUUUUGAUUUUAUUAUUCCAUUUUACAAAUUUGCACGGCAAUAUAAAGUUCCUGAUAAUGUAUCCAAUAGGAUUGUGUAUACAAGAUCACAACCGAUAUGGGGAUUUAUGGAACUAUGGAAAGUUAUCUCAGAUCGACAUUUUAUCAACCUUGAUAAGGACAGAAUUGCUCCAACUCUAUUUAAAAACAUUACAAUAGGCAUAGAACGUAAUGAAAAAUAUCCUUUCAUGAACAGAACUGUUGAUGACGGCGUUGGAUUUAAAUAUAAUUUCAAUUCUUCAUCAGCACCAACAUUUAGAGAUGAUGUUUUACGCACAAAUAACUUAUCAACAAGUGCUGUUGGCGUUGAUGGUAAAGUUUACGUUCUAUUCAUUGAUAGAAGAGAUGCAGGGCGUUCAUUAACGAAUACUUAUGAAUUAUACGAACACAUGAAGAAAACAUGUGAUUUCUGCAAGGUAGACCUCAUUAAAAUGCAGACAAUUCCUUUUAUUAAACAGAUUGAAUUAGUUUCUCGAGCAUCUGUCCUUGCCGGACUCCAUGGAUCAGGUUUGACGAAUGUUAUGUGGAUGGCACCAAGUAGGGAGAAUCACACGACCCAUUUGAUUGAAUUUCUUCCAAAAGGAUAUAAUUGUCGAGAUUGGUAUAAGACAGCAACAGAAGUAGCAAGAGUUGAGUACCAUGAAGCAAUGGCUGUCGAUAAAGGAUACCACAAAGACAAUGUAAAGCUUGAUUGGUGCUUGGAAAGAUUAUAUUUCUGUCCUACAGCACAAUGCCAUGAUUUCUUAAGAGAUCAGACAAUGACAUUGAGUCCAAAAGAUUUUGAUAAAGUAUGGCUACCAAUCGUUGAAAAAUUGAAGAAAACAAUUCUUGUUCCUUGA